UAUAUAUAUAUAUAUAUAUACACGGAGUGAAAGAUAUUACGCAAGCUAAUUAUAACAUCGUCAGUUUGUAAACAACACCAGAUUUGGUUUGAUUUUUUAACCUCUGCGACACAACACCCAUAAAAAUGGUUAAACCACCAUUCAGAUCUGCCUGUUCUCUAUUGCUACUACUGACGUUACUACUGCUAUUCCUCAACUCCUGGCACCAAGUGUCUGCGGAGGAACCAUCCCCAUCUUCAUCAGCUUCUGCAUUGACAGCUGUCAAUACUGAUGAUGAUGGUGAUGAUGGUACUGGUACCAAUGCUGGGAACAAAAAGGAUACAGAGGAUGGUGAGGGUGUUAGUAUAACAAUUGACUCUGAAGGACAAAAGAAGUUAGAUCUAUUCCAACCAUCUGAAGAGUGGCAAGAAGUCAAAGAAGGACAAGCAAUCCCUCCAGGUUUGCAGGUACGACUGGACUUACAGACUGGUCAGAAACAAGCGAAACUAAUGCCAGGCCAAUCAGCAGAAGAUUUGGAAUACUGGAAAUCUGAAAACAGGGAAGGCAUGAGGUACAAAAACAAAAAUGAUUUAACCCCUGAUGACCUGAAGCAAGCUUUGAAACAUUUCAAACAACACAAAAGCAAGGAUCAAGAAGACCACGCAUCGAAAGUUCGCCGUAAGAAGAGGGAUUAUGAGAUGCUGAGAUCAUCUAUAAAAUCUGAUGCUCAAAUCGUCACCAUGUUACAUGAUCAACUGAAAGAUUACGCUGUACUCCAGAAGGAAGAUCUUCAGAGUAUCCUCUCCGAACUGGAAUUCUUUUUGCAUCAGAUUGAUAAUGCCCAGCUGUUUGCCGAACUUGGCGGAAUCUCUCUCCUAGUAAACUUACUAAACAGCACAGACACGGAUGUGAAACACGACACAGCUUUUGUACUCGGAUCAGCAAUGCAGAGUAAUCCUGUUGUGCAGUUAACUGCAGUUGAUGCUGGUGUUAUGCAGAGACUCAUCACUAUGAUUUCCACUGAGCCUUCCCUGGCCGUACGAAAGAAGUGCCUCUAUGCAGCAUCGGUGCUCCUCCGACACAAUCUCUAUGCACAGCAGCGUUUCCUGGCCCUCGGAGGUCUGUCUGCAUUCACACAGCUUUACUCAGAGUCAAAGACAGAAGCAAUUCAAGUGAAGAUUGUAACACUUCUUGCAGACUUGAUCUCAGAAAAGGUAAUUUCGGCAUCUCACUCGCAAGACAACAAUAUUAAAAAUAGAGAAAAACUCCGACAAUAUGAGAGCAUAAAUCUUCUAGAAAAGAUGACCCUAACUGGAUGGUGUGACAGAGUGGCCUCGCUGCUCAACCUCUCCGACUACGACAGCCAGGAGAAAAUACUGACCGCUUCCAAACUUCUAACGUCCAGCUGCAAUCAAAGUUUUCAGCCCUUAACACCCAGGCUACACGAACUCAGUUUUGAGUACUCGGGACUGUGUACGAAAGAGAAAAAUGAGGACCCCACGAGCGAUUUGUACUUCUGCUCGUUACACAACUUGGUCACAGACGUUCUGAACUCUUUACAACAGACACACAAAGUGGAAUUGUGAUUGAGGAAACAUUUUGUUGUGUGUUGUAUAUGUUGUUCUUUUUUGUUGUUGUUAUUGUAUAAAGCCCCCUUCCAUUCAUCACUUCACUCAGCCCUGGUCUGAGGCAGACCCAUGAUGAACGACAUUCAAGCUGAGACCAUGUGACCUUCCUAUGUUUAUUAUUAUUAUUAUUAUUAUUAUUAUUAUUAUUAUUAUUAUUUGUUCAAUUUUGCUCCCAUUUCUUAGCAGGUCUCUUCCUGACAGCUAAGGCUAUUAUCAUUAUUAUUAUUUAUUAUUAUUAUUAUUAUUAUUAUUUAUUAUUAUUAUAACUAUUAUUAUUAUUAUUAUUAUGGCAGUGAGCCGGACAGAAUGCUUAACGGUAUCACGCCCAUCGCUACGUUCUGAGUUCAAAUUCCGCUGAGGUUGAUUUUACCUUUCAUCCUUUCGGGGUCAAUAAAAUAAGUCCCAAUGAAAUGCUGGGGAUGAUGUGAUCGACUUAAAUCCCACUCCCCACAAGCUGCCCUUGUGGCAAAAAUUUGAAAUCAUUAUCAUAAUUUUUAUUGUUAUUAUUAUUAUUAUUAUUAUUAUUAUUAAAGGAUGCGAGCUGGCAGAAUCGUUAGCAUGCCAGGAAAAAUGUUUUGCAGCAUUUCAUCUGUCUUUACGUUCUGAGUUCAAACUCCGCCGAGGUCGACUCUGCCUUUCGUCCUUUCAGGGUCGAUAAAUUAAGUACCAGUGAAACACUGGGGUCAAUGUAAUUGGCAAUGUAAAAGCCUUAUGCCUUUAGUAGAAAGGAUUAUUAUUAUUAUUAUUAUCAUCAUUAUUAUUAUGUCCACAUCCACUAUGCAGGUCUUCCAAAUGCUCUCUUUGUAUCUCUUGGAUACCUCUCAACAACUGUGUACAAGUCCACCUGUGACUCCUGCAACAUGUUGAACCCAACCCUGCAAAGACUUGAACUUCCAGUGUUCCAUCAUCACAUCAUUCCCUCUCUUCCGUUACCAAAUUACCUCAUUUCAUUUCAGAUAUGUUUCCUACAAUGAUAUUCCUAUGAUCAAAGACGUCCCAGCUGUGACCAUUCCAUCGUGUUUUUAUUUGUUUUGUUUUAUUCUUGUUCUUCAAUUAUUCUAUGUUUGGUCUGUCCACACCCUCCAUAGUAUUUUUGGGGCAGUUUAUGUAACCUGUUAGAUUACCAGUUGAGGUUGCUAACAGAUUACCAGUUGAGGCUUUGGUCGGCCCAAGGCUAUAGUAGAAGACACUUGCCCAAGGUGCAACGCAGUAGGAAUGAACCCAAAACCAUGUGGUUGGUAAGCAAGCUACUUACCACACAGCUACUCUUGCGCCAAUGUUUGCGUUUUUUUUUUUUUUAACUAAUUGAGAAAAGUAAAAUGUGAUGCAAUUAACUCUGAUUUCAAUAACUUAUCCUGCAAGCUUACAAUCUAAAUAUAAUUAAGCAUUUGAGCCCUGUCUCAGGACAUGGCUGACCUGACAAGGAUCAUGGGUCUCCAGUGUAAAUAUAAUUUUGUAUUUCGUCUCUUCAUGUUUCCAGUUUGAAAGACCUUAACCAGGGUCAGGGUUGCCCUGUGUAAAUAUAUAUAUAUUUGUCCCUUUCUCCCUCCUGUUUUGGUCAGCCUGACUCAAGAAUCAUGAAUUUCCCAGUGUAAAUAUAACUUUGUUCCUUGCUCCCAUUAAUCUCCGAUGGUUCGACUGUAGUCUUGACUAAACAAAUGUAAUAAAAUGAAACCUUUUCAUGUCACAUGAUGUUAACUAUUUUUCUUGGACCUGAUGACAUCACAAAUUGUUUUUCUUUAAUAAACAUUUUUUCUUUAUAA